AUGUGGAGAAGUUCAGGUCUGCUUAGUAUUCUCAGACCCCGGGGUGAUUCCAUUCACUUUUCAAAUUCUCUAGGUGAUGAGCGAAUCUACGGGAAGGCGGUGUCUGAUUUGGAUUUUGUACAAAUAGGUUAUAAGAGUUGUCAUGGACAUUGUCUGCAUCUUCUCUGGAGAAAUAGUAGUCACCUGCUAUUGGAACUCUUGCGGAAAGCAUUGGAUUGCUCAGACAUGGUAGAUGGGUCCGAGAGUCAAGAGGACAGACACGCAGCUGAAAACAUGCCAUCAGGAUUUGCUCUGUGGAAACCUGUACUCCUUAACCUAAACAAGCAACGACAACUGAUAUGGAGUCUUCUUAAAGCAUUUUUUAAGGAUCUCAACACCAAAGCCAUGAAAAAACAAACGGGUACAAUCUGA